AUGGCAGCGACGACUUCAUCACUGCGCAGGUUGGCCUUGCUUGCAAUCAUCGGCUUCUUCAUCACCGUCUUCUUCCUGGUUCAGAAGCCUUACGAUGGAGUCUCGGGAUCAUCGUGGUCCCAAGACGCGCAAUCCGAGGACGAAUCUUCACGGGAGAAAACACCGCUGAAUCCUGAUCACAUUGUCCCGUUUGUGCCAGAGACAUAUGGACCACCCAAAGAUGAGAUCUUGAAGCCAGCAACAACGCUACUGACCAGUGUCAAGCUGGCAAAGCCAACAAAUAUACCCAGUCACAGCCCUGUUACCGCAGACGUAUCGACAACAGCCCCAUCUGAGCCGCCAGCCCAGACUUGGUCAUGGGAAUACACCCAAGGCGUGAUCAAGUCUUGGGUGAAAACAUGGCCUGUCCCCGCCAUCGAAGGACACUGGCCUCCAUAUGAAGACUAUCGGGACGAGGACUAUGAUCCUAAUCUGUGGGAAGGCUUUUUGUGGAACAAUGAGAUCUACAUCAACAGCGGCAUUCGGCUUCUCGUGUCAGACGGUGAGGCUGAACUCAGCAAGGUCGAGCCAUAUAUGCCUUAUCCGGCGUAUAACACCGAGUCUUGGCAGCGACAGUGGCGCGGAACCUAUACUUCCUGUGAGGGCCCAAGAGGAAAGCUUCUGAACGCCAGUGAUGAAGAUAUUAUCAAGGCAUAUCCUGCCUUACCUACUGGAUUCCCAAGCGCAGCUAUUGGAUAUACCAACCUCACUGGCUUUUCCGUCGAUGCGCACUGCUUUGAUCGACACCAUCGCUACGGUCCUUACGGAUUUGGACAGGGCGAACGAGAAGAUGCCGAGGAUUGGCAGGAGCCAACCGUCCGUCCAGAUUGGACAUCAGUGAACUGGCAGAAACUUCAAGAUAAGUGCUUGAUGAAGAACAAAGAUCGAUACAAGCCGAAAGCGCGCCAGCCACCAGUAUUAAAGCCGGGGAAAGACUUGCCCUCGAAGCUGUCUUCCGCGCCCCCAGUUCCACAAUUGCGCUCUCCUGAUUACCAUUCACGAACGGCUAUCUUAGUGAGGGCCUGGGAGGGCCUGCCCUUCGGCGAAGAUGAAUUGCAGAAUAUGAGAGCCCUCAUUACCGAGUUGUCGCUUCACAGUGGCGGAGAGUUCCAAGUCUUCAUCUUGUACCACAUCGAAGACGAGAAUAUGGACAUUUGGAAGAACCAGGAGCUCUACAAAGAUUCACUCCACGAUCUCCCUCGAGAACUACAGAGCAUCAGCAUUCUUUGGAACAGCAAGCUCUGUCAUGAGUGGUAUCCAAAAAUUGGGGACUGCAAUAACUUUUGGCAUCCCUACAUACCACUUCAGUGGUUCUCCUUAACUCAUCCUGAGUUCGACUUUGUCUGGAAUUGGGAGGCUGAUGUGCGAUAUACGGGCAAUUACUACGAAUUGCUGGAUGGGGUGGCAUCCUUUGCGAGAAACUCGUCGAGAAAGUACAUGUGGGAACGCAACCAGCGAUUCUACGUACCAUCGGCUCACGGUUCAUACGAAGACUUCCUCAACUCGACUUAUGAAGCUGCUGAUCGUGCGACCGAGGAGGGUGAGAAAAGCCCCUGGGGAAAGAAUGCUUGGAACGACAAAGCUCAGCGGCCAAUAGGCCCUACGCCGCCGAGAUCUAUCGACGAAGACGACUUUGAAUGGGGCGUGGGAGAGGACGCUGACCUCAUCACAUUUCAGCCGAUCUGGGACCCAAGAGAGGUAGACUGGACUUUUAAAGAGAAGAUUUGGAACUUCCUGCCCGGCUUCAGGCCCACGUUCACCGAGGAAGACCCUAUGGCUGCGAAUUUUCGACACUCCGAUUUUGGCAAGAUACCUCGCCGAACAACGAUUGGAUCGCAUUUGCGCUUGAGCGCUCGUCAGCUCUACGCGAUGCAUCUCGAGAACCUGGCAGGCAGAACGAUGGCGGCUGAGAUGUGGCCUGCCACUGUAGCUCUCCACCACGGGCUCAAGGCAGUCUAUGCACCCCACCCCGUCUGGACGGAUCGAGUCUGGCCUGCUUGGUAUCUGGAUGCUGUGCUGAAUGCAAAUCGAGGCGAAGAUGCCCGGUGGGGACAAAAGGACGACAGCAUCUGGGUACAUGAUCGGUCACACAACCUGGCUGGAACGUCGUGGUUCGUCGAAGCUGACUUUCCGAAGACAUUGUACAGGCGUUGGCUGGGCUUGAGAAGAAUUGAUGGCAGUCCGCUUGCUGAGAUCGAUGGGAAGCAAUGGGAAGAUGAAGGAAUGACCAUCGAUCUCCCAGUGGGCGAGAAUGGCGGAGAACAAGAGGUGAGAGUGGGAGGUCACGGGAGAAUGUGCUUGCCACCGAUGCUGCUACAUCUUGUCAAGGAUGUAUAUGAUGAAGCGAUCCCUCAGCAAGUGUCGAUGCCACCACCACCGCCUGCAGAAGAGGCCGAGGAGGAAGGAGCGGAGCCCAUACCGUUCCCAAAUGAGCGAGGGAGAAUUUGA